AUGACCAUGAUAGGGGGCCAGACUGACGUUGUGCGACUCAUGGGCAUAUACAUGUGCUGCGAGAUGGCGCACGUAACAGCUCUAGCUGGUGGCGAAGCCCUGCUUCCGUGCGACCUGUCCCCGGACAACGACUCGGUGGCGCUGGUACUGUGGUACAAGGACGCGCUGCCCACGCCCGUCUACUCGGUGGACGCCCGGCGCGGGGACGUGUCGCAGGCGCGACACUCGUCCAUCGCAUGGGGGACGCGCGCCUACUUCGUCACCCAGCCGACGCCCGGACUGCGGCUGCAGGCUCUCGCCGUGACGGAUUCGGGCGUGUACAGGUGCCGCGUCGACUUCCGCAAGGACCGGACGCGCAACCACGAGACCUCGCUGCUUGUCAUCGAGCCACCAGGCACACCGGUGAUAAGGGAAGCGGUCGGUGACCGGGAGCCUCUCCGAAGUCUCAUCGGUCCAUACAACGAAGGAGACAGCUUGGCCCUCGUGUGCGACGUCGAGGGUGGUGUUCCCGAGCCUAGCGUCACCUGGUGGCGAGAGAGCGUCCCACUGGAGAGCGUUCUCACCGAGCACCGGCCGGGCGUCCGCCGUAGUGCGCUCGGGCCGUUCGUUCUUCGUCGCCAGGAUCUGAUGGCUGUGCUAGUGUGCCAGGCGUCAAACUCAAACCUAACAUCGCCACUCACGACGUCUGUGACACUUGACAUGAACUUCCGUCCACUCGAGGUCAGCGUGGAAGCGGUGAGCCCGACGCUGGAAGCCGGCAAAACGGGCUGGCUUUCGUGCCGCGCUGUCGGCUCGCGCCCUCGAUCGCGCAUCACGUGGUUAUUGGGCGAUCAGGUGCUCAGCGGUGCGCGACAGAACGAGUCUCUGGACGGCAACGUGACCCUCUCGUGGCUCGCACUGCGCCCAACUGCGCGACACCACGGUCGCAUGCUCCGAUGCCGGGCCGACAACGACCUGAUCCCGGGCUCGGACAUCUUUGCAGAGUUCAGGCUGCAGGUGCUUUUUCCACCGAAGCUCACGCUGCGCCUCGCAUCUAGCCUGCGACGCUCACAGCUGCGUGAGGGUCAAGACGUCUACUUGGAAUGCGUUGUCGAGGCAAAUCCUCUGGUCUCCGAUGUAAGCUGGUGGUUCGGCGAACGUGAGCUCUUCACCGACUCCACGGGUGGUGUCCUCGUCAACAACCGGUCUUUGGUGCUUCAGAAGGUGCGGCUCGACGCCAGAGGGCCCUACAGUUGCAGUGCAGCAAAUUCGCAGGGGCAGGGUUCCAGCAACACACUGUUCCUCAACUUCCAGUAUGCACCUGUUUGCCGCCGCGGGCAACAGCAAGUGUACGGCGCGGCGUCCAACCAGCCAGUGCGAGUCAAUUGCGAGGUGCAGUCAGAGCCAGCUCCAACGUCCUUCCACUGGCGACUGGGCAACGAAUCACUGACCAACUUCACCAGUUUUGGCCACAUGAGUCAUGUGACCCUGGUGCCCCGUCGCAUACCACAGGAUCUCACUAAGCGGCUCCUUUGCUGGGCCACCAACGACGUUGGCACACAACGUGAGCCGUGCGCGUUCAGCCUGGUGCCCGCGCGAGACCCGGAACCUCCACGCAACUGCAGCCUACAGAACAGAACCUCUAGUGCGUUCGCCGUAGAAUGCGAGCCAGGCGAUGACGGAGGCAUGCCACCCGUGUACGUGCUUCAGGUGCUUGACCAGUUCAACAGGAGUGUGCUUCACGUGAAUGCCUCCGACCGUCCAGCCUGGACUGUGAGCGGCCUGAGCAGCGGCGCUCGCCUGUCGCUCGUGCUCUACGCUGUUACGUCAAAAGGCCGCAGCGCACUGACCUUGCUCCGCAUCAAGACACUGGCUGGCUCUCAGUCCCUGACAGAGCCACUGUGGUCGGGCAGCCUGAGCCCGAUUCUGGUGGCACUCAUUGCUUGCGCCGUUGGACUGGUAGCCAUCGCAUUUCUCGUCACGCUACUGCUGCGCUACCGCAGCGCCAAGGAGAGACACAAGCCGGAGCCAAUCAAGGGAGAUGACGAAUUACAAAUCGCCCCUCUUCACCAGUACCCUGAUGGCGUGUUGAAACUCCGCAGCCCUCAGAGCGAAGAAAAGUGCCCGGAUGUUGUCCUUGAUGUAAGUGGCAGCGACGAGCGGCUCAAGGAAGAAGAGGAUCGACCGUCUGAAGCCGUGCGGUGGAAAGGCUGGACAGAAGCUGAUGCUGAACACGACAAAGCGAUGCUUGGACGAUCUCCGCUGCAGGAAUACCAGUCCAAGAAUGGAGGACAGACUCGAGCUGUGCUGAACGAGCCGGUGUCCACUGUGGUCUCUACGCCUGUGGCCGUUCCGGCCGUCGCCGUUCCUUCCGCGCUGUGCGCCGAUACGAGUGCGGACGAAGUGUCAGAAUGCGUGGUGGUGCCGCCUCCGCUCAAGUAUCGCCAGACAAUAGUGUGAGAAGCCACGUGUUACGCUAUUCAUCCCGCACCACAUGUGCUGCUGCUCUUGACAGUGACACAUACUCCUCGGCGGAAAGUGUCACACUGAAUUCUGGCCAGGAGUGAGCCAUCGCGUAAGGGCAGGAAGUGACAGCUAGGUGACGACAUGUGAUGCGUCAUCCUCACUUCACGGAAGAGUGCUGCAGUGUGCUUACAAAGAUGAACUCAUUACUCUUCCCUUCAGCGGGCGGUCACGCGAGUGGUCGCAGUCUUGUGAACUCUGACUCUCUGCGUUGGUUACCUUCUCCUCCCGGGUUCCAUUGGUGUUCGAUGCAGUAAGUGCAACAUGUGUUAGAAGAUCACGGCAUAAACCCGAAUUGAAUUUCAUGCCAUUAAGCCCUCAACGUAAUCAUAUUGAGCAUGAGAGCAGUGUAUGUUGCAUUGCGUUAGUGCUGUGUAUUCUGGGAACCAAUUGGACACAAGAAACUUGAUGCAUGCAGUGCACAUGAGCGGCAUAUCUGCUCUUCGCGCCACUAGUUGCCCAGUAGGCAGGCACAGCUUACCGAUAGCACAAAAUUUUAUACAAGCAUUGGUGAACAAAAGUUAGGCGCAGUAAUCACUGAACUACUUUUGAGAUCAUGACUAGCACUACCGCCAAGUUUUCUUACAUUUGGCAUGGCUUCGUUCAGAAAGACUAACAUAGGCGCCUUCUUUAUUUGUUUAGGCUGACUUCUGUGAUUUAUUGAAAAGGUUCCCUCAAAACAAGUAAGCGGUUAAAAGUGAUACAUAAAUAAAUUUGUAUAGAUAAUCUCAAUCCAAUGAGUAAGCCUCAAUGCAAUAGUAAAAAUACGUAACUUUCGCUUAUGUAUGUUGCUAACUUGAGACAAAUUAUGGACAUCAAGCAAUCAUAGCGAUUAAAUUUACUCAUAUUUCUUUUCGUGAAACAAACAAACAAAUAAAUAAAAGUAGUCACUAAGCAGUUACACCAAAUAAAAGUACUCAUUAUCAGGCAAACAACUCCUAAAAAUAUCAACUUUAUGUAAGUAAAUGUACGCCAUAAAAAAUAAGAAGCCACGAGCACGUUUCAAGCCGGCGCAAAAUUUAGGCAUGUCAUUGUAAUACUUGUUAUUUCAAUAGGUAUUCGCAAGGCUGAGAAACAACGCGUCCAUAAAUAACGCGAGCGGCUUUCAUCUUUUGUAAUGUUCAUGAGUGUGACACAUUAUAAGGCGCGAGUAGAAGCCACGUGCCAUUUAGAUAAGUCUGGCUAGCGAGCACACACAACUUGGUGUGCACUGCUGCCGUGCUCUACAUAAGUAUGAUGGGGGCUUUAAUAUUAACUAAGGCGCUUCCUGAAGGAACUUGCGGGAGGAAGAGAAAUAUGCAUCAUUGUGAUGAUGGCCUCUGUGGUACAAGGAUAAUUAUGUGUACGCUAGAGGGCCCAGGGUGCGCCCAGACACGAGGGAUGUUAGCUCUAUCUUAAGUACUUCACAAUUACCGGGCUUCUAACAAGCAAGACUUGCCUUCAGAAAUCUUGGGCACAUGUGAGAUCGAGCAUUCUCUGGUUGGCCCUGACAAACAGAAUCUGUGACUUUAAAAGGUGAUGUCCGAAUAAAGCUAUGGUAAGGAACCACGUGAAACCCACUUUUGCUUAGGUAACGUCAAGCUGGGUCAGCCUCUGGCAUUCAUUUGCCAUCGUCCUAAGCUGGCAUACUGCUGCAACGCAUGAUCCUUAGGGGUCGAACUCCCAGCAACCUGGUACAUAGCUUUUAAUAUUACAGUUGCUCUCCGUAUUGAUAUCCACAAGACUCACUGCAUCACCGGAGAUGUGGGAACUUGUUGUGGGUUUCGGCUGCAAAUAGGCCCAUGCUUUCAGGAUUGCGGUUACUAACACUUGCCAUGUAUGAAAUAUGCAGAUACAGGAAUUUUUUGAAUGCGGUUGUGAAAUCGAGGAGCGGUGAGUAAAUGAUACCUUUCUGAAGAUCCAAUAUUAACUGUUACUGUAAAAUUUCUAAUGGGGCAGUUCACAAGCUCAUACUGUAAUCCAACUCCUGGUUUCUAACUGGAGUGGUGCGUUUCCAGUAGAAUUAUACACUACAGCAGAAAUCUUUACCGUUUCUUUUUGCUUUCUGUCUACUUGACUGAUUGUGCAUGUCAAAUCAGAAUAAACCGCGACCAAAUAUCGUAACGGAGAUAAAUGUUCCAAAUACUGAAUCUUAGGGACAUUUCAAGUUUAUAUGUUGUUAGCGAGCUGCAAGUAAUUAAUUGUCUGUUCUAUUCGAACGUUUUCCCUCAAAAUUGGGAUGAACGACGUACAGGUUGCUCAGGCUACAUUCACUGCAUUUCUUUCUGUGUCGGUGUGGAGUAGCUCCAUCAAUGAGCACCUCGUCAGUCUUUAACUGGCUCUGUUUAAACUAAAGCGUGCUCUUUUUCUUCAUAUUACUCGCACAAACGGCGUGCCAUUAAACUAAAAUAUACAAUAGCAAUGAAAAAAAAAACUGCAAGUAAAUUGAUAACGCGCUCGUAAAGAAAGCAGGCUCGACCAACAGUAAACAGUGGUAUGCGCUAUUUUGUCCAACUGGUUUCUGGGUUAGCGUUUUAGCCGCACGUCUUGGAUUUUCUUCGAAAACCAUGUAGAAAAGUUUCCCGGCAGCAAGUUCAAAUCAUUAAAAUUCGCUAAAUAAUGUGUGUUUUUAUUUGCAUCUGAGACAAGUAAAGCAAUAUAUGUUUUCUAUUGCGAAUAAAUCACGAAGCAUUAGGUCAUCAACGUGUCCCUUGGAUUGCACCACCACAACAAAUUUCAAACUGUCAGCAAACGUUUCAAUGCUCCAAUCUUAGCCUUGCCUCGAGAUUUAAACGUAACUCAGGUCAAAGGAAGUUUUUCUUGAAGGCCGCGUCGUCAUUACCUUUCCGCUGCCAUGCGAAAUCGCGUGAAAUAUUGCGCCACCAUUCCCGGCCUUUUAACACGACGCCGAGGGAAUCGUGGAGCAGUGUGAAACAAAACACACUGCCUGUACAGUAAGCUGUGUUAAGACUCCUGUGACGUUUUCCUUAUUACUAGCAACCUUGAGGCACUGUGAUAUCACAAUUGACGGCGACAAAUGUUUACGAAGAUGGCCUGAGGAGGACGUUGUUGUGCUUGACGCUUGGACACACUGUUAGUAUUACGUGCUCCGGCCUCGAGUCGUGUCUGUGUCUGUCGUCUUAUUUUUUUUUUUUUCGCGAAAUGUGCUCUGUAUAGUUUCGGGAUAUCUCUCUGAUGUUAGAAAUAAACUUCAAAUUUCUGCUUCUUUCGGA